AUGGUGGACCAUGCCAAAGUAGCAUCAGUAAUGGAUUGGAAGCAACUAAAGAAUGUAGGAGAAGUUCGUAGUUUCGUAGGCCGUGCAGAAUACUAUAGGAUGUUUUUGAAAGGGUUUUCCAAGAUAUUUUUUUCAUUAUCUUCACUAACUCGCAAGGAUACCAAGUUCAAAUGGAAUGAUCAAUGCAAUAAGAGCUUCCAAGAACUCAAGAGAAGAUUGAUGAAUGCUCCAUUGUUGACUCUACCCGAGGGUAAUGAAGUGAUUUCCAUUUCGAGUGAUGCAUCCAAUAUGGGAUUGGGAGGAGUCAUUAUGCAGAAUGCUAUGAUAGUAUAUGCUUUCACACAACUAAAAGAUUACGAAAAGAACUAUCUUACACAUGACAUAGAGUUUGCAGUAGUGGUUUUUGCACUGAAGAUAUGA